GAUUUAUACAUUUCUUUUCAUUUUUUUGAGCUCUUGUACUAGAAGGGUUUAAAUUGUGGUGGUUUCCAUAGAUCUUGACCACCUGAAAUCAGAGAGGCCUGUUUUUCUGAGCAAGGAUGACAUGGUUUCUUUGGAUUUGUACUUUUUGGCUGUUGAUGGUUAUGGUUUUGGCACAGAAGAAUUUCAAUGUCCUGUCUACACAGAGGAAUUUCAAUGUGCCAGCACAAAAUUUUAACCAACGAACAGGCCUGAAGAUUGAUUGUCUGGGAAGUUAUAUGAGGCUAACAGUAGAUAAGUCUCUAGCUCUUGGAAAUCAAGUUGAAUUUGAUGCUCUCAAUGGCUCCCAAAUUGAACCUUUAACUCCAAGCUUGGCUGCCAAAUGUGGUUUUAGUAUAGACUCUGAUCCUUGGGGUAACUACAAAGUCUUUGCUUCUCUCCUCAACUGUUUUGCAGCGAAUGAGGAUGAUAGCGUGUUUGAUGUUGACAUGCGUGUCCGGGUGCAUGGUGUCAAAGCGGAACAAGAUGUCUUUGAGGUGGCGAAGACCUGUCACCAUGACCAAUGGGCCCCCCGUGAAGUUCUUUGCACUCGGAAUUAUAUGGAGGUUUCUGUUAACCGAUUGCCAGAAGAAAUUACAGCUUUGCAUAGGCGGCCUGUGCCCCGAACAAAAAAGUUUGAGAACCAGUGGACUAGGACUGUUCCUGAGGCUGUUACGUCUAGGUACGACAUCUGGAGGAUGGUGUUUUUCACACCUAAUCAGAAAGCUAUGGUGUUGGAGGAUGCCCUGAGGACAGGAUAUGGUGUAACGACAACCAGGUCUCGAUUGGUGUUACGAAGCGGUUAUGACAUGCCUGAGACCUAUGUGGAAAAUGUGAAUGGCGUUCCAAUGAAGAUCAUCAGAGUGACCACCUACUUAAAGAAACAGUGGUCCGUAACCAUGUUGGAUACUGUUGCUGCAUGUCCAACUGGUGGGCUUUCUUUUACGGAUGAGAUGAUUACCUGGAACUUCCCCCGGUUUAAUCCACUAAUGAGUUCUAUUGAAACCAGUCUCCUUGGGCUGUUCAUGGGAAUAGAUGGAAAGCAGAUAGAUUCGGUGCAAAUGACCGCUAGAGGCUACGUUUUGGCUGUAGUAGAAGAUCAAAUCAUAAUGAAAAUACCAAUUGGUGGACCAGAUGGCUACUACAAGAGUCAUGCUGUAAAUAACCAGUACCAUAUCACAUACAACAUUGAGCCAAUGCUGGAGUUACUGUGGAGUGAGGGAGGCAUGGAUACUACAAGAUACAAAGUCCUCUACCCCAUCAAGACCCCUUUUAUGUCUAGACCACCCCACUUUGUUGACCGUGAGUGCUGA